AUGGCAUAUAGCAAUAAAAGUCCAAAGACACAUCAGGAGAUGGAAAACAAAGGAACACAUUUUGUGCUGGUUCAUGGAUCUUGUCAUGGAGCAUGGUGUUGGUAUAAGGUGGUGGCUCUACUUAAGUCAAAAGGCCACAAAGUCACAACUUUGGACCUUGCCUCCUCUGGCAUCCACCCAAAGCCGAUUCAUGAAAUUAAGUCAAUCUCUGACUACGUUGAGCCACUGAUGGAUUUCAUGGCAUCCCUACCCCCAGAGGAGAGGGUCAUUCUGGUGGGUCACAGCGUGGGUGGAGCAUGCAUAUCUGUUGCUAUGGAAAGGUUCCCUGAGAAAAUUUCUGUGGCUGUUUUCGCCGCAGCAUUUAUGCCUGGUCCUGACUUGAGCUUCUCCAUUAUAAAUGAAAAGAAGUUGAAUGUUCUUUAA